AUGGCUGCUCUAGAUUUGGUCUCUAUUCCGGCUCAGGCUACUUAUGUCACUUUUGAUAACUUACGUCUAGGUCGCUCACCCCAACAGAUUGUCGGUCGACUCCUUCGCUUCUGGGAUGCUCGGAACAUCAAGAAGAAUGGUGAAUUCAUGGGGAUUGUCCUCAUUUUCCUCGAUGAGAAGUGCUCUGUCAUUCAUGGCUUCAUCCCAGCUGCACGGGCAAACGAAUACCGAGACGUUUUACGCGAAGGUCUAAUUUUCCAACUCAGUGUAUUUGAGGUGGGCCGAUGCACAAACCUCUACAGGAUCACCGACCAUCCAUUUGUCGUUCGUUUCCUACCAGACACAACCAUUGUUCCACUAACUAAUGUUCGCGUCUCUAUUGCAAAAGAGAAAUUCAUGCUGCGGAAAUCUGACCACCUCCACGCUCUGGCUAAUACCAACCUUGAACUCCCAGAUGUUAUCGGCCAAAUCCGCUUUGUCCAAGGCGCAAACUUAACCGAUGCAACUUCAACACAACGUUUAGUCAUCCGCUUCCAGAUUGAAACGUACUCUCACCAAACUGUUUUACUUAACAACUGCAGUCUUACUGCCCUUUUUUCCUCCCACUAA